GAGCCGCUGAGCGCCCCGAGCGCGCCCCCGCCCCGGACUGUGCCCGGGCCCCGGCCGCCCCUCCGCCCGGCGCCGCCCAUGGCCGAGGCCCCCCCGCGUCGCCUCGGCCUGGGCCCCCCGCCCGGGGACGCCCCCCGCGCCGAGCUGGUGGCGCUCACGGCGGUGCAGAGCGAGCAGGGCGAGGCGGGCGGGGGCGGCUCCCCGCGCCGCCUGGGCCUUCUGGGCAGCCCCCUGCCGCCGGGCGCGCCCCUCCCUGGGCCGGGCUCGGGCUCGGGCUCCGCCUGCGGCCAGCGCUCCUCCGCUGCACACAAGCGCUACCGCCGCCUGCAGAACUGGGUCUACAACGUGCUGGAGCGACCCCGCGGCUGGGCCUUCGUCUACCACGUCUUCAUAUUUUUGCUGGUCUUCAGCUGCCUGGUGCUGUCUGUGCUGUCCACUAUUCAGGAACACCAGGAACUUGCCAACGAGUGUCUCCUCAUCUUGGAAUUCGUGAUGAUCGUGGUCUUUGGCUUGGAGUAUAUCGUGCGCGUGUGGUCAGCAGGAUGCUGUUGCCGCUACCGAGGAUGGCAGGGCCGCUUGCGCUUUGCCAGGAAACCCUUCUGCGUCAUCGACUUCAUCGUGUUCGUGGCCUCGGUGGCCGUCAUCGCCGCGGGCACCCAGGGCAACAUCUUUGCCACAUCAGCCCUGCGCAGCAUGCGCUUCCUGCAGAUUCUGCGCAUGGUGCGCAUGGACCGCCGCGGCGGCACCUGGAAGCUGCUGGGCUCGGUGGUCUACGCGCACAGCAAGGAGCUGAUCACCGCCUGGUACAUUGGGUUCCUGGUGCUCAUCUUUGCCUCCUUCCUGGUCUACCUGGCCGAAAAGGAUGCCAACUCUGACUUCUCCUCUUACGCCGACUCGCUCUGGUGGGGGACGAUCACGCUGACGACCAUCGGCUAUGGUGACAAGACCCCGCACACGUGGCUGGGUAGGGUCCUGGCUGCAGGCUUCGCCUUACUGGGCAUCUCCUUCUUCGCCCUGCCCGCUGGCAUCCUAGGCUCAGGCUUCGCCCUGAAGGUUCAGGAGCAGCACCGGCAGAAGCACUUUGAGAAGCGGAGGAUGCCCGCGGCCAACCUCAUCCAGGCUGCGUGGCGCCUAUACUCCACAGACACGAGCCGGGCCUACCUGACGGCCACCUGGUACUACUACGACAGCCUCCUGCCGUCCUUCAGAGAGCUGGCCCUCUUGUUUGAGCACGUGCAACGGGCCCGCAAUGGGGGCCUCCGGCCCCUGGAGGUACGGCGGGCGCCGGUCCCCGAUGGAGCGCCCUCCCGUUACCCACCCGUUGCCACCUGCCACCGGCCAGGCAGCACCUCCUUCUGCCCUGGGGAAAGCAGCCGGAUGGGCAUCAAAGACCGCAUCCGCAUGGGCAGCUCCCAGCGGCGGAUGGGUCCUUCCAAGCACCACCUGGCACCUCCACCGACACCCACCUCCCCGGGCGCCGAACAGGCGGGCGAGGGCAGCAGCCCCACCAAGGUGCAGAAAAGCUGGAGCUUCAAUGACCGCACCCGCUUCCGAGCCUCCCUGAGACUCAAACCCCGCACCUCUGCCGAGGAGGGCCCUUCAGAGGAGGUGGCGGAAGAGAAGGGCUACCAGUGUGAGCUCACGGUGGACGAUGUCAUGCCUGCAGUGAAGACAGUCAUCCGCUCCGUCAGGAUCCUAAAGUUUCUGGUGGCCAAACGGAAAUUCAAAGAGACCCUGCGACCGUAUGAUGUGAAAGACGUCAUUGAGCAAUACUCGGCAGGGCACCUGGACAUGCUGGGCCGGAUCAAGAGUCUGCAGGCUCGGGUGGACCAGAUUGUGGGCCGGGGGUCCGCUGACCGGAAGGCCCGGGAGAAGGGCGACAAGGGACAUACUGAAGCUGAGGCGGUGGAUGAAAUCAGCAUGAUGGGGCGCGUGGUCAAGGUGGAGAAGCAGGUGCAGUCCAUCGAGCACAAGCUGGACCUGCUGCUGGGCUUCUAUUCGCGCUGCCUGCGCUCCGGCACCUCGGCCAGCCUGGGGACCGUGCAAGUGCCGCUCUUUGACCCCGACAUCACCUCGGACUACCACAGCCCUGUGGACCACGAGGACAUCUCCGUCUCGGCACAGACGCUCAGCAUCUCCCGCUCGGUCAGCACCAACAUGGACUGAGGGGCUACUCGGAAGGACGGGAUGGCUUCUAGGUCCCCGCCCUUCAAGGCCUCGGACUCCUCUCUUACUUGAACUUGCUCCCCGACCUCGGGGAGAGGCCACACGCAGUAUUGAGCUGCCUGGGUGGGCGACAUGCCAGCCCCAGGAGCGCGAGAUGCCAGGCUGCACGGAGGGCACGCCCUGGGUGGGGGGUACCUUCCCUCCCUCCGUGCUCUGCACGCUCACUCCAUCAAGG